AUGGAGACUAAUUUUUCCUUCGACUCAAAUUUAAUUGUUAUUAUCAUUAUCACGUUGUUUGCCACAAGAAUCAUUGCCAAAAGAUUUUUAUCUACUCCGAAAAUGGUAUCUCAAGAAACAAUCGCCCACGUAAAGGAUUUGAUUGGCCAAAAGGAAGUCUUUGUUGCGGCAAAGACAUACUGUCCUUACUGUAAGGCGACGUUGUCCACUUUGUUCCAAGAAUUGAACGUUCCUAAAUCUAAAGCUUUAGUUUUAGAGUUGGACGAAAUGAGCAAUGGUUCAGAAAUUCAAGAUGCCUUGGAAGAAAUAUCCGGCCAAAGAACUGUACCAAACGUUUACAUCAAUGGCAAGCAUAUUGGAGGAAACAGCGAUUUGGAAAGUUUGAAGAAAAGUGGUAAAUUGGCUGAGAUAUUGAAACCUGUUUUACAAGACAUUUAG